AUCCGGGGUUUUUCACCAGCUAAAAUGGCUUCCAAAAGGAGAUCUUUAAGUGUUAGUGAAAGACAUCAGAAAUCAGUAGAUGAAAACUACUGCAGAAACUUGCAUAUUCAAGCACUAAAAAACAUAAACAGUCAAAUCAGGAAUCAAAUGGAGCGGAAUGAAAGUGAUAACCAUGUUGAACACAGGAGAUUCCUCAGAUUAUUACAGAAUGAACAAUUUGAGUUGGAUAUGGAAGAGGCCAUUCAAAAGGCAGAAGAAAACAAGAGAUUGCAGGAACUCCAGCUUAAACAAGAAGAAAAAUUGGCUAUAGAAUUGGCAAAACUAAAACAUGAAAAUUUAAAGGAUGAAAAGAUGAGACAACAAGUAAGAGAAAACAGCAUUGAGCUCAGAGAAUUGGAGAAGAAAUUAAAAGCAGCUUAUAUGAAUAAAGAAAGGGCAGCACAGAUUGCUGAAAAGGACGCCAUUAAAUAUGAACAAAUGAAACGUGAUGCCGAAAUAGUCAAAAUCAUGAUGGCAGAACAGGAAAGAAUAAUAAAGCAAGAGAAUGCUGCAGAAGAGAAACGAAGCAGAGUAAAAGCACAAUAUUAUCUCGACUUAGAGAAACAACUUGAAGAACAAGAAAAGAAAAAGCAGGAAGCUUAUGAGCAGUUGCUGAAAGAGAAACUCAUGAUUGAUGAAAUUGUUAGGAAAAUCUAUGAAGAAGAUCAAUUGGAAAAACAACAAAAGUUAGAAAAGAAGAUUACAACUCGAAGGUAUAUAGAAGAGUUUCAGAAAGAGCAGGCUCUCUGGAGAAAAAAGAAACGUGAGGAGAUGGAAGAAGAAAACAGAAAAAUCAUAGAGUUUGCCAACUUGCAGCAGCAAAGAGAAGAAGAUAGGAUGGCAAAAAUCCAAGAAAAUGAGGAAAAAAGGCUGCAGCUUCAGAAUGCGCUAACUCAGAAAUUGGGAGAAAUGCUGCGGCAACGUGAAGAUUUGGAACAAGUACGACAAGAAUUAUACCAGGAAGAACAAGCUGAACUAUACAAGAAGGAACUAAAAGAACAAGCUGAAGAGAAACUGAGAAAGCAAAUAGAGAGGAAGCAAGAUUUUGAAGAGCAAAUGGCCUUGAAGGCACUGGUGCUACAGGCUGCAAAAGAGGAGGAGGAGAGCUUCAGGCAAGCUCUGCUAGCGAAACUUGCUGAGGACGAUCGGAUAGAACUAAUGAACGCUCAGAAACAAAGAAUGAAGCAGCUGGAACACAGGAGGGCUGUGGAAAGACUUAUUGAGGACCGUCGCAACCAGUUUCUUGCCGACAAACAACGUGAACUGGAAGAAUGGCAGUUACAGCAGAAAAGACAAGGAUGUAUUAAUGCAAUUAUUGAAGAAGAAAGGCUAAAACUUCUCAAAGAACAUGCAGCAAAAUUACUAGGAUAUCUCCCUAAAGGAGUAUUUAAAAAAGAGGAUGAUAUUGAUCUGCUUGGGGAAGAGUUUAGGAAAGCGUAUCAGAAAAGGAGUGACAUUUGUGAAGAAAAGUGAUAUCAAGAUUGGGUAAAAUCUAUAUUCUUUUGUAUGUUACCACUAGAUGUCAGCGUAACUUUUGCUUAAUGGUUCAGUGACAGGAUUCCAUUGUCUGUUUGCCUUUUCUAAAACCUUACUGAAUCUCAUAAUUUGUAAGCAGUUA